AUGUCGUCGACGGCAUCCCCCGCCCGCCUGCGGUCCAUUUACCGCUCCAUCCUGCGCGAGCUGCCCCCCCGCCCCGUCCUCGCCUCCCCAAGGAGCCCUCUGCGCAACCACCUCCGCGCCUCAUUUACCGACUCGCCUGCCGCCUCGCACGCCGAAGCCGAGCAGAUCGUCGCCUAUCUGCGCUCCCAGAGGCUCUACGUCACCCUGAUAGAGCGCUACAACCCGGGAAUGGACAUGGCCGACGACGAGAGAGUGCGGCUGACGGCCAGGCGCGUCGGCAUGGACCUGCCCGAGUUGUAUGGCAAGCGGAAGAAAUCCUGA